AUCACAGUCCAUCACGAAAAGCGCAGAAAUAAUGCUGCACGCUCGAUGAUUUGCUACUGCGAUGGCAGCUGCCCGAACAAUGUAAGUAACGGCACCUGCGAGACUCGGCCGGGUGGCAGCUGCUUCAGUGCCGUCGAGGAGGUAUACGAUGAGUUAACUGGCACCUACGAGGAGGAGCGCACCUUUGGCUGCAUGCCGCCCGAGGAGAAUGGCGGCCUGCUGAUGUGUAAAGUGGCGGUUGUGCCCCACAUUCAUGGCAAGAAUAUUGCCUGCUGUGAAGAUACAGAUUUCUGCAAUCGUGAACUGCAGCCGGAAUUCAUGCCAAAGAUGACCACAGCUGCGCCCGAGCUGCCCGAAAGCAAUGAAUCCGUGCACACUUUAGCCCUGUUCGCCUCCAUCAUUGUGAGCAUGUCCGUUUUUAUUGUGGUGCUCUUUAUACUUUGUCUGGUCCAUAAGCGCCGCGAGAAGCUGCGUAAGCAACCCGGCCUUAUAAACUCCAUGUGCAACUCGCAAAUCUCACAGCUGGUUGAGCAAAGUUCUGGGUCCGGAUCGGGCUUACCGCUGCUGGUGCAACGUACAAUUGCCAAGCAGAUCCAGAUGGUGCGUCUGGUGGGCAAGGGUCGCUACGGCGAGGUGUGGCUGGCGAAAUGGCGCGACGAGCGUGUUGCCGUCAAGACCUUCUUUACAACCGAGGAAGCAUCCUGGUUUCGUGAAACGGAAAUCUACCAAACUGUCCUUAUGCGGCACGAGAAUAUUCUGGGCUUUAUUGCCGCCGACAUCAAGGGUAACGGAAGCUGGACGCAAAUGCUCUUGAUCACCGACUACCAUGAGAUGGGCAGCCUGCACGAUUAUUUAUCCACAUCGGUGAUCAAUCCACAGAAACUACAGCUGCUGGCCUAUUCACUUGCCUCGGGCCUGGCCCAUCUGCAUGACGAGAUCUUCGGCACGCCGGGCAAGCCGGCCAUUGCGCACCGGGACGUUAAGAGCAAGAAUAUACUGGUGAAGCGCAACGGACAGUGCGCCAUUGCCGACUUUGGACUGGCCGUUAAAUAUAUCUCGGAGCUAGAUGAGAUACAUAUUGCACAGAAUACGCGUGUGGGCACCCGACGCUAUAUGGCACCGGAGGUGCUUAGCCAGACCCUUAAUCCGCAACAAUUUGAAGAGUUUAAACGCGCCGACAUGUACUCUGUGGGCCUGGUACUAUGGGAGAUUGCCAGACGCUGCUAUACGCCAAUUUCGGGCACCAAGACGACCAGCUGCGAGGACUACGCGUUGCCCUAUCAUGAUGUCGUGCCCUCCGAUCCCACUUUUGAUGAUAUGCAUGCCGUUGUUUGCGCCAAGGGCUACCGACCGCCGAUACCGUUGCGCUGGCAGGAGGAUGAUGUGCUUGCCACCGUUUCCAAAAUUAUGCAGGAGUGCUGGCAUCCGAAUCCAACGGUGCGUCUCACCGCGCUGCGUGUGAAGAAAACGCUCGGCCGCCUCGAAGCGGACUGCCUCAUCGAUGUGCCCAUGAAGAUUGUCUAGAAUUAGAUUGUCUACUUUGAUUUUUAUUCAAUAGCUUGUUAGUUGUAGUAGUCUGUAGUCCCCUGCAGGUUUGACCUAAGUUGCAUUUAUAUAAUCAACAAUUUCUUCCGUUUAAUUCGUUUCUUUUUUGUCCAAUCGCAUGUAAGAAAAUUUGUGCCUAAUUGUAAUCACAUUAAGAGCCGUACUGAUUGUAUGUUAGACGUAAGUUCAUUUGUUGUUAGUUUAUCGAUAAGGCCGUUGAUAAUCAUUGGUUUGAAAAUGCUUUAACUAUUUGAGAAAUCUUUUUGGAUACAAUACUAUAUUCACGAAAUGUAUUUGUAGAUUUUCUUUUUUUUUCUGUGCCAGCUUGUGUAUACUUUUUGGGUAUAUAACUAUUUAAUUAACUAGGCUAAGUUGACAAGCAUCUAAUGAAUGCUAAAAAAAAAAUUUGUAGUGCGAGUAAAAUAUUUGUAAUUUAAUGUAUAAGUUAUAAGUCCUCGCCAACACAGUGCAAGGUAAUGCUGCCUUAUGUAAAAUUUAGACUAGCAUAAAAUACAUAUACUAGUUUGUAGAAAGAAAUGCCGGCAAACAAUUUGUCCAGCGAAGUUCUAGCGGCUGCUUCAAUUAGUAUAGAUACCAUAUAGACAUAUAGGGGAAAUACAUUUAGCUCUAAGAUAUAUGUUUGACUUGUGCAAAGGAUGUUUGAAGGUGCAACAAUUAUAUUAACCUUUAACUGUGUCCAACUUAUGGCACACGCGUUCUUAAAGUUCUAUUUUGGCAUUAACUUAGCUUUAAGCGCAUCUUUAUG